GAUGGAUCAUUUUUAGCUGGAAUACCUUCUCCGUUGAGACUCUCCACACUACUCCAUUUCUGUGACUUUCAACCUGUCAUCCUAGAAGACGUGUUGCGAUUCCCCGGAGGACUGCGUUCACUUGUUACCACGGCAAUCCAUGGCACCCUGUUCCUGACAAGGUCUGCUUCAUUCUGGGGUGCUAUAGGCAGCAGAAGGCAUCUCCAUGAGGAGCGGUAGAAGAUGCCGGAACUGCCAGCGCUCCUGCUGUCGAUUUACUUCCGCUUCCUGUUAGUCACCGUGGUUACCAUGCCGCCUUCUUCCCGGAGCCAGACCCCUGUUCUAUCAUCUGUACGGAUGGCGGCAAUUUUGGAUGACAGCUCUGUCUGUGGGCGUGGGGAGCGGUUAGCUUUAGCGUUAGCACGCGAGAACAUCAACAGUGUGAUGGAGGGCCCGGCUCGUGCGGAGGUCGACAUAUUUGAACUCCAGAAAGACUCUCAGUAUGAGACUACAGAUACUAUGUGCCAGAUUCUGCCAAAGGGUGUGGUCUCUGUGAUUGGCCCCGCCUCCAGUCCUGCCUCGGGCUCCAUCGUCAGUCACAUCUGUGGGGAAAAGGAGAUUCCCCAUAUCAAAAUCGGUCCGGAAGAGACUCCGCGGCUUCCUUACCUGCGCUUUGCGUCUGUGACUCUGUAUCCUAGCAACGAGGAUCUGAGCCUUGCCAUCGGAGCCAUCCUACGCUCCUUCAGCUACCCAUCGGCUAGUCUGGUCUGCGCUAAGGCCGAAUGUCUGUUGAGACUGGAGGAGCUGAUAAGGCGUUUUCUGAUCUCUCGAGAGACGCUGUCAAUCAGGAUGCUGGAUGACAACCUUGACCCCACGCCUUUACUGAAGGAGAUUCGUGAUGACAAAAUAGCCACAAUAAUUAUUGAUGCUAACGCAUCUAUUUCUUACCUUAUACUGAAAAAGGCAUCAGAGUUGGGAAUGACAUCUGCGUUUUACAAGUACAUCCUCACGACUAUGGACUUUCCGUUGCUGUGGUUGGAUGAUAUAGUAGAUGAGCAGUCAAACAUCGUGGGCUUCUCAAUGUUUAACACCACUCACCCGUUUUACCUGGAGUUUAUCAGGAGCCUAAAUCUGUCCUGGAGAGAGGGCUGUGACAUUAACCCGUACCCCGGACCAGCGCUGUCGUCGGCCCUGCUGUUUGAUGCGGUCCAUGUGGUGGUGAGUGCAGUGCAGGAACUCAACCGGAGUCAGGAGAUUGGCAUCAAGCCUCUUAGCUGCACCUCCCCUCAGAUCUGGCAACACGGAACCAGCCUCAUGAACUACCUGCGUAUGGUGGAGUAUGAUGGCUUGACAGGUCGAGUUGAGUUCAACAGUAAAGGCCAGAGGACCAAUUACACCCUCCAUAUCCUGGAGAAGCACAGGGGAGGCCACAAAGAGAUUGGGAUCUGGUACUCUAAUAACACUCUGCUGAUGAACUCCACCAGUCUGGACAUCAACGUCUCUGAGACUCUGGCUAACAAGAGCCUCAUCAUCACCACCAUACUGGAGAACCCAUACAUGAUGAGAAAGGUGAAUUACCAAGAGUUUGAGGGGAACGAGCAGUAUGAGGGUUUUUGUGUGGACAUGUUGAGAGAGCUGGCUGGUAUCCUCAAGUUCAACUUCCGCAUCAAACUGGUGGACGAUGGCCUGUAUGGGGCACCUGAACCCAACGGCUCGUGGACGGGCAUGGUGGGAGAGCUGAUCAACAGGAAAGCUGAUAUGGCUGUAGCUUCUUUUACCAUCACAUCUGAGAGAGAGAAGGUCAUUGACUUCUCAAAACCCUUUAUGACCCUGGGCAUCAGUAUUCUCUACAGGGUCCAUAUAGGCAGGAAGCCAGGUUAUUUCUCCUUCCUGGAUCCCUUCUCACCGGCUGUUUGGCUCUUCAUGCUGCUGGCUUACCUCGCUGUCAGCUGUGUGCUUUUUCUUUCUGCUAGGUUGAGUCCGUAUGAAUGGUAUAACCCUCACCCGUGUCUGCGUGAGCGCAAAGACCUGCUGGAAAAUCAGUACACGCUCGGAAACAGCCUGUGGUUUCCUGUCGGGGGCUUCAUGCAGCAGGGGUCAGAGAUCAUGCCCCGAGCCCUAUCCACACGCUGUGUUAGUGGGGUCUGGUGGGCAUUCACUCUUAUAAUAAUCUCCUCAUACACAGCGAAUCUGGCUGCUUUUCUGACAGUGCAGAGAAUGGAAGUGCCAAUUGAAUCGCCCGAUGACCUGGCUGAUCAAACCAAUAUACAAUACGGCACCAUUCAUGGAGGAAGCACCAUGACCUUUUUUAUGAACUCCCGUUAUCAAACGUAUCAGCGGAUGUGGAACUACAUGUAUUCUAAGCAGCCCAGUGUCUUUGUGAAGAGCACAGAGGAGGGCAUUGCACGAGUCUUGAACUCGAAAUAUGCCUUCCUCCUUGAGAGCACCAUGAACGAGUACCACCGCAGCCUCAACUGCAACCUCACCCAGAUCGGAGGCCUGCUGGACACCAAGGGUUAUGGCAUUGGCAUGCCUCUAGGUUCUCCUUUCAGAGAUGAGAUCAGUCUGGCAGUGCUGCAGUUGCAGGAGAAUAACAGGCUGGAGAUCCUGAAGAGAAGAUGGUGGGAGGGAGGGCAGUGUCCCAAAGAGGAAGACCACCGUGCCAAAGGUCUUGGGAUGGAGAACAUUGGCGGUAUAUUUGUGGUGUUAAUCUGUGGCCUGAUUAUUGCUGUGUUUGUGGCUGUGAUGGAGUUUGUGUGGUCCACACGCCGAUCAGCUGAAACAGACGAGGUACGGCCUCUCUCCUGCGACCGCCAAUAUCACAGUCACACUACAGUGUCCGUAUGUCAGGAGAUGUUGACAGAAUUCCGUAACGCUGUUUCCUGCAAGAAAAGUUCUCGCCUUCGCCGCCGCCGCCCCCUGUCCAGCUCUCUGGCCCUUCGGCACCCCACCCGCAUCACUUUAGGCGCCCCGCGACCCCUGCGACUUGUCAGAGAGAUGCGCCUUAGCAACGGAAAGCUCUAUAGCGGUACGGGAGCCCUGACAGGAAGCUCAGGGCCAGGAGGAGGGCCCUCAGACAUGGGCCCCGGGCCCCAGCGACUCCUGGAGGACCCAUUAGGUGCCAACAGCACCCCCUCAGUGGCCCUGGGACCGCCCGCAGUGACAGUGCCUCUGCCGCGGGGCUGCACUCAUGUGCGCAUAUGCCAGGAGUGCCGGCGUAUCCAGAGUCUCCGCACAACCUCUUGUACACGAAUCCCUCCCUCCUCGGCCCCUCUGCCUCGCCUGGCUCCGCCCCCUCCUCACUCAUCCUCCAAUACAGACAGUGAAGGUGGAGGUGGGCCGAGCCCAUGCCGGAUAGGACACUCCCCACCGGCGAAAGGCUGCACUUUACCGCCACCUCAGUCUAGCAACAACACAGACCUAAUGGGAGAGCAGAAAUGAGGAAAAAAGACACUGUCAAAAGGGGAGACAAAAGUAUGACACAUUUUUGCAAUAUUUGCCCCCUUGUUCAAAAUCAUAGACAUAUGCGCUUUCCAUCUUUUCCUUGGUACGACAGAAUUAUCCUUUUCUUUUGGAUAGCCAUGUGUCAUAUCAAGUAUUCUUUUGUACUAUUGAACGAUGUACUACAGUAUAACAGUGACCAUGUCUGAAGUAACCUUGAGAUUUAAGAUUGUCCGCCUCAGUCUGAGGAUUUAGAAGUUAAUAAACUUCCCCCGGCGGUUCUGAUCUUCAGGCAGCACACAGACGUCUGCUUGCAAUCGAGGCAGACUGUGGCACAGACUCUCCUUCCCUUCCCUGACUGAAUUCUCUCUGUUACGAUAGAGGUCACACACAGGAAGUAGCACAGAGUAGUCUCGUCUGAACGUCAUUCUCUCAAUGACACUGUACAGAUCAGAGCCAGACCGCGACAGAAUGAGAGCACACACGUUAAUGGAGAACAAUGACGCCAAGUUGUUAAUUAAAGAUAUUCUAAACAGAUAUUCAUACUUUUCUGUACUAUACUUAUUUUUAAAUUCACUGUCUGUGUAAUUUAAUUCUGGGGUUGUGUUGUCUGAAUUGGAAAUUAAAAAAUAGAGAUACUUUAUUGAUACAGAGGAGAUCAACUCUGAAUGAAUAUGUAUGUUACUGGAAAUGAGGAGCUGUUUAUUCAUUAAAACAUGGACUUU